AACAGACACGCCUCCAGAGUCCCCGUCUAGGACCUCCAUGACUGUCAAUGAAAGAUGCCAAUCACAGGGAGCCUUAGCCAGAUCACUGAGAGCCCAGCAAAAAAACAAAAACAAAAUCAGGUUGAGGGCAGAAAGGAAAUCAACAUAGCAACCUCCAAUGCAUGAAGGAAACUCCGUUUACACAAGCUCGUAGGAUCCCCUGCGUGGAAACAGCGGCUUGUCUCUGACUACCCGGAGGACAGGGAGCACCCCAAAUAGGAACUUUAGAGGAAUUGAAAUCUGUUGCCUAUUACCGCUAGGAAUACUGUUUGCAAGGCACAAGGUGUCUUUUGGUAGUGAGCGCGCUCUGCGCAUGCGCAGGUCCAUUCGGGAAUUACUGCCCAGCAGCCGACUAAGUUGCAUUCCUUGAAUCUUCGCAGAAAAGACAAUUCUUUAAUCAGAGUUAGUAAUGUGGACAGUACAAAAUCGAGAGAGUUUGGGGCUUCUCUCUUUCCCUGUGAUGAUUACCAUGGUCUGUUGUGCACACAGCACCAAUGAACCCAGCAACAUGUCAUACGUGAAAGAGACAGUGGACAGAUUGCUCAAAGGAUAUGACAUUCGCUUGCGGCCGGACUUCGGAGGGCCCCCCGUGGACGUUGGGAUGCGGAUCGAUGUCGCCAGCAUAGACAUGGUCUCCGAAGUGAAUAUGGUGAGUGGCCUCCCGACGGGCCCGGCGGGCCAGCUUACGCAGAUGGGAAAUGAACCGGUCCCUUUGCCCUCUGCGUUUCACUGGCGGUCACCUCGCCCCUGGGCCCUGGGGUCCCACUCCGCACGCGCUCCCCACUCCGGCACACACACCCGGUCGCUCCUGGUUUGUAAUUUCGACACACACGGGCUACUGCGCUGUUCCAGGGGAAACGUGCUCUGCACUAUUUUGGGAAGGACGAGUGACUGUUGCUCCGUGGAUCUGCUGGGGCGGAGUCUGAGCGUUACUUUAGCUGGGUUUCCCUGCGUGUUCGGAUGAGGAGGGCACCAUCUGCCGGCAGCUGGGCGGCCUGCACUAGGGUCCCCGGACCGGUGGUCGGCAGCCAUCGCUUCCCCAGGCGCGGCCCCGGCAAUCCCCAUGGCCCUCUCAGUCAGCAAGCCCCGACGCACCAAGGCCCUGCCACCAAGAGCACAGUCGGGGUUUCAAAGUGUUCAGGCACACCAGGUGGCAGGAGCAACAGGCUAAGACAACAGUCCAUGCUUGCUAGUAGGAAAAGUGCCCGAGCCUGGGUAGGCUUGUAUUGUUCCCUUGCGAGAGGUUAUGAAUUUGUCUUACUGCAUCUUGCAAAUUUAAGUUGAAACAAAAUAAAUCAAGUCCUAUUGCUUCACCUUACUCUAGAAACCUAAGCAUGCCUAAAAAGCCUGAUAAUUUAAGGGAUGUUGGAAGGGAGAGGGGGCGACAGUAACGCAGCAUAGUCCUUUCAUUUCAAAGGGGUCAACAUUCCUUUAUAUACAUUUUCCUUCUCUUUUUGGAAGCUGUUGCAAAAUGAACUGAAAAAGGUGCCACUUUCUCUGUCGGCUGGUUCCGUCCACUGUGUGUAGGAGUUUUCUACUUAGAGUUUCUAACUGUUGCUUCUUGUAAGACGGGGAAAAGCCUGUUGCUUUUCUAGAAUCAGCCACCCAGGGAUCAGCUAGAUCUACGUGAGCAAAAUGCCAUUUUUAUUCCACUUGUAAAAAAAUAUUAUGGCGGCAGAAAUUUAUAAAUCCUGAAUAAUUUAAAGAGUAAAACCAUUUGAGAUUGUAUCACUCUAUGGCUAUAAAGGCUAUUGAAUUGUCUUUCAUUUCAUUCCUACUGUGUCGUUUUAUUUUAAUAGGCUAGGGGUUUAAGAAUUUUUUUCUUUUCCUUUUUAGGUUAUGUUAGGGAAGAAAUAAAUAUGUCUAUAGUUUACUGAAUAGGAAUAGAAUAAAAGGUGUGACUAUUUAAUUUCUGUAUUUUGUAGUUGUAGCGGCUCCUGCUUCAAAUAGCUUAUUUAAAAUACUAUUUUUAGAUGUCUCUGAUUGUCGUGCUGGAAAAAGAAACUCAAUUUUGAAAACGUAA